AUGAGGAGGUUUUUGGUUCCUAGAACAAGUAUUGAGAAAGUGAAUGUUAAGCAACCAGAAGCCGAAGAACAAAUUCAUGGGAAUGCUCCGGAUAUUCAAGACCAAGUGAAGAGGUCAUAUAUAUUGAAGGGUCCAACGCAACCAGAUUUAGCAAGAUUUCCUCGUACUCAAUUUGGGAAGUCUUCAAGAGCAUUUUGUAAAGCAUGGUAUAGGAAUUAUACAUGGAUUGAAUACAGCGAGUCGAAGGAUAUAACUUAUUGUUUCUAUUGCUUUCUCUUUAAGCCGCCCGGGAGGGCCGAACACUUUGGUUAUGAAGUCUUCAACAAAGACAAAUUUAAAGAUUGGAAGCAUGCAUCUAAAGGCUUUAAAGAUCAUAUUGGUAGCCAUGAUAGUAAGCAAAACUCAUAUUGUACUAGAUAUCUCAUAGCACAAGGCAUUUAUUUCUGUGGCUAUGAUGAAAGCUCUACUUCUCUAAACAAGGGAAAUUUUAGAGAGAUGGUGGAUUGGGUAAAAUCUAAUGAUGAAAAAGUAAGAGAUGCUUUUGAUCAUGGUCCAAAAAAUUGCACAAUGACUUCCGAUGACAUUCAAAAGGAGCUUGCUACUUGUUGUGCACAUGAUGUUACCAAGGUGAUUAUGGAAGAGAUUGGUGAUAGACAAUUCUCUGUGCUUGUUGAUGAGUCACGUGAUAUAUCUAUUAAAGAACAAAUGGUGGUGAUGUUGAGGUUCUUGAACGACAAAGGGAAAGUUGUGGAACAAAUUAUUGCUCUACAUCAUGUCAAAUAUACUACAUCUGAGCCACUAAAGGAUGCUCUUUAUGGUAUUCUCGAUCGUCACACGUUAUCUAUUUCAAGUAUACUAGGGCAAGGAUAUGACGGGGGCUUCAAAUAUUAG